UCUGGCCCGUGUCCAAAUUAAAAGGUGCUCCAAGCUCACAACUGUGAAUCCGACCCGACAACCAUUAGUCCACAGCCCCGAGGCCGAGUCCCGGAAUCGCUCGUCGAGUCAAAGACGAAUGCCGCCCAACCACCACGACCUGGAGCGGAUUCGCCAGCAGAUCGUAUUGGCCAACAUCCAGGAGCUGAUCCAGAAGAUGACGCGUCGCUGCUUCAACGCAUGUGUCGCCCUGCCGGGAUUGGAGUUGCGCUCCUCGGAGCGCGACUGCCUCUCCACCUGCAUGGAUCGGUUCAUGGACUCGGUUCAGGUGGUGUCGUGCCAAUACUUCCGGCGCCGGCGCCGCCAGCAGCAGCUCCGUUUGGCCCGCUUGGCCGCCUCCUCCGCAUCCUCAUCCUCAUCCGCAUCUGGUGGUCCCACAGACGAGAGGGGAAAGUGAAAGUAAUGACUACCUACAGAGAAAAAAGUAGACCGAUAAAAGUUGCAGAAAGCCAUGUGCUGGUCCUCCCAGCCUUCCCAAACGGAGCAAUUUGAGUCCAUUGGCUCUGCUCACCCCCGGCUCCACGGACCACCUGGGACUCACCCGGAUAAGGUCACUUAUCUUAAUGCUCCCCAAAGCUUCCAUCUGAACUGGAAAUGAAAGUGCGGCAGGAGGAGGGGAGUAAGUGGAUUUACUACUUGCGGGGCCUCGCACGAUGUCUUCGUGUUGAUCCCUAACAAAUUCUAGUAGAGUCGUCCGUAAAUGGUAU